AUGCCACCGAAUGCUCCUCCACCUAAGAAGUUAACGGAAAAGGAAUUGAAAGACAAAGCAGAAUAGAAAUGGGGAAAGAGAAAUAUAGGAAAGGUUGAGAAAAUAAGAAGAAGAAAAAUAAAGACUAGAGUAAGAAAGAUUAAGGAAACUAGAAGAAGAAAGAUUAGCAGCUGA